UCACAUCUUGUUCUUGACCUGGCUAGACUCUGCCGUGAUUCUCAGAAGCAAAAGGAGCUAAUUGAGACCUAUAAUGCUAGUCUGCAAGGCAAUGGUCUGCAAGUGAAUGGUGAGGCGCAAGGCCGUGGCUGGUUUAAGUACAAUAAUGCAUCUAAGAAAUGGAAAGGGAAGUCUCUGAAUACUACAGGCUGUAAUUCAAAGGAUAAAGUGGCCGAUUGUAUUAUUAACCAGUGUAUGCAAAUUGCAGUCAAGUUAUUACGAGUACGGCUUGGCUAUGGUUCAAUGGCAGCGCUAUUGGAUCCAAAGGAUUCUGAGCCAAACCCUGAACCUGAAGCACUAGAUAACAAGCUUGAUAGUAGCCAAAACUCCAGUGGAGCAUUGCCUGUACGAGGUGUUUGGAAGAAGGGAGGAAGUAAGAAACUCUUUUCAUAAGAGAUACAUCCAGAGGGAGGACAACUUUUCUUGGGAAAAGACCUAAGUUAUUUAAAAGUGACCGAGUUUUGCAGGAUGUUAAAUGCCAGCAAUAGAUGUACGA